AUGAUGAAUUUUCCCGGUGCGGCUGACGAUAAUCAUGCCCUGGACGAAUCAAUGGACACCAUGGAAAGCCUGAUGCUCAAUCCGCCCGAUCAGCAUCCGACACCUGGCAUGCCAUCUGGAAUGGCUGGAGAUUACAGCAGCAUCUUAUCCUCCAGCUCAUCGCAGUUUUACACGUCAGAUCCUCUCGGCCAAUCCUGGAACCCGCCUCCCCUACCCACGGAUUCAUCCCCCGUAACAUCCGCCUCGUUUGGCGGGUUCCCUGACGUGGGCUUGGAUCCGGCACCGCCGCCUUAUCACGAGGCUCUGCAAGCUCCACGUGUCGGUGACGUCAGCAGCAGCGAUAUAUUUUCAGGGCUAGGCUUAUCCGCAUCAGGCGGAUUAGGAGGUUCGGAUUUCGGGCUAGGCAUGCCCGCAGGUGGCGCCGACAUUCAUGGCGGAAUCCCCGGCGGGGUCUUUCCAGGAGGCAUUGGGGGGUUCCCAGGUGGGAGUGGUGGGCCAGAAGCGGCUUCUGCGGCGGCAAAUGCGGCGUCUCUUGGGGGGGCAGCGGUUGGUACAGUACCAGGCCAAGUGACUGGCGAAAAUGGCGGCAGCGGCGGCGGCGCUAGUGGCGGUAAAGGACAAGUGAUGCCGAACGAUUUUAUAGACGUGAGAGUAGUAGGUUCCAAGAAGCUGCAGGAGGCGGGCGGCUCCAUGAUUCCCGGAGGGGGUUCUUACGUGGCGUAUGUGAUUGAGACGAAGACGAAUGUGCCUGAAUACGGGGCCCCAUCUGCCCGCGUGGAAAGGAGAUUCCGCGAAUUUGUCGCCCUGGCUGACAGGUACACAGAACAUGGUGGAGAGAAGAGUCAGGUGCUCCAGGGGGCGGAGGAGAGUCAACCUCCCUCUGGUCCCAUCUUUCCCUCUCGUCCUUCUCCUCCCUACCGCAGUCUGGGCGAGACGCAUCGCGGGUAUUCCAUCCCGGAGCGGCCGGACAAGAGCGUGGUGGAGAGUCAGGUGCUGUGCUCCAGGGGGCGGACUCAAAUUUUCCUGCCUGUUCCCCCUGGCGUCCUCUCCUCUCUUUCUUCCCGUUCUUCCUUCUCCUCCCUUGACCAGAUUGGCCGAGACCCACCGCGGGUACUUCAUGCGGGUGCGGCCGGACAAGAACGUGAUGGAGAGUCAGGUGGUGCAGGGGGCGGAGAUGAGAUGACUCAACACCCGCCGUCUGUUCCCCCUGUCCUGUCCUGUAAUUUCAUCUCUUUCUUUUCCAGACUCGCAGAGACGCACCGCGGUUACUUCAUCCCGGUACGGCCGGACAAGAACGUGAUGGAGAGUCAGGUGCUGCAGGGGGCGGAGUUUGUGAAGACGAGGCAGGUGGAGCUCGAUAAGUACGUGCAGCGCCUCGCACGCCACCCUGCCAUCCGCCGGAGCGCGGAUUUGAUUUCCUUCCUGACGUCAUCCGAGAGAUUUCAGCCCGCCUCGUCAGUAGACAUCGCUUCCCGCGUACUGGAAGGUGCCGUGAAGCUUCCCCAGCAGCUGUUUGGGGCGGCAGACUCCAUCACGCCGGCAGAAGCUGCCAAACCGGCGGGCGGCGGGAGGAACCUUCUCAGAAUGUUCAAGGAGUUUGGGCAGUCCGUGGCGAACGAUUGGACGGGCAAGCCGCCAGCUGUCAGUGGUUCCACGUCAGCAGCAGGGGGAGGUGGAGGAACGUCCACGUCAGCAUUAGAAGCAGGAGCAGGAGCAGGAGCGGGAGCAACAGGCGAAGAAUCCGGAAACUCCAGCGGAAAGGGACAAACGGCGCCGACCGCAGCGGAGGUCGAGGCGGACGAGGCGCGGUUUGGUUCGGCCCGAGCCAAGCUGGCAGACCUGGACAAGCACCUGGCCGAGGCUACAGCCGGGGCGGUGCAGAUGAUGCAGGCCCAGGACGGCUGUAGCCGCAUUGUGGGCUCCCUGGGCAUCACGUUCGGUGCCCAGCUGUCACACAGCGUGGUGGAGAGAAACAAACGCACUCUGUCCAUCCUCCUCGAGUAUCACAAGACAACAGCUGCCGCCCGGACGGCCCUCGCCGACCGGUCCCAGGCACUGCUGACGUGGCAGACACUGGAGAGCGAUCUAGGCGGCAAGAAGACAAAGCUGGACCGGUUGGGGUCGGUGGACGGAUCAGAUCCUGCCAAGCAGAAGAAGGCUCAGGAGUUGCAGAGGGAGAUUCAGGCGCUUGAGAAGGCUAAAGAGGCUGCUAUUAACGAGUACAGAAAGAUCACUGAGCGCAAUGCAUCAGAACUGCAGCGGUUUGAGAGCGAGAGGAAGCAGGAGUUUCUUGCCAUGCUGGGCAAUUUCGUACAGGACCAGGUGCUGUGUGCUCAGAAGAUGGCAGCAAUAUGGGCACCAGUGGGGGAGGAUCGCCCGUCACAGUCCUGA